GGACGCCAUGCCGCUGGGCUGCCCCCGGGAGGACGACCCGCAGCCGCCCGGGGACCCGCUGGCGGCGGAGCCCGCGGAGAGCGGCGGCCCGGCCGGGAGCCGGGAGCAGCAGAGCCUGACGCAGGUCCCGUUCCGGGUGUAUCGGGGCCACACCCGCCCGGUCAGCGGCUGCAGGUUCUGUUUCAGCAACACCAGGUUUCUCACCUGUUCGUUUGAUGAGACGGCGAUUCUCUGGGACGUGUCAACUGGAGCCCACAUCUCUGUCUUUGGGCUGCACACUGCUCCCGUCACUGAGUGCUGCCUAAGUCCCGACAACCAAAGACUGUUCACUUCUUCCUGGGACAAGUCGUUGAAGGCUUGGGAUGUUGAAACCAGAAAAGUUCUGUGGGCCGUGGUUCACUGCCGACCCCUGACCUGCUGUGAUGUCUCCUUCGACGGGAAGCACGUUGUGUGUGGCAGCGACAUUGACAACACCGUCCACAUCAGAGAGGCCGAGUCUGGCACCACCGUCCUCAGCCUGAGAGACCAGCACAGCAGCACCGUGACCCGCUGUCGAUUCAGUCCUGAUGGACAACGCGUGGCCUCCACAUCCUGUGACUGCACAGCCCGGAUCUGGGAUGUCCUGGCACACAGAACCACCCUGUCCUUGCAGAGGCACAGUAACGUGGUGUCAGAUUGCUGCUUCACCCAGCCGGGGAACACACUCUGCACGGCUUCCUGGGACAGGACGUUGCUGAUCUGGGAUGUCUCAGCGGGUCAGUUCCGCUCCCGGGGGCCCCUGAGACUUGCAGGUGGUCAUGAGGGCUGCAUCAGUUCCUGCGCGGUGUCCAAAGAUGCAAAUCUGAUUGUAGCUGGAUCCUACGACCAAACGAUAUCUAUCUGGGACACAACUGGCCUGUACAGGAAACUGGUCUUGAAGGAUCACCACGAUUGGGUGACGGAUGUGGCAAUCUCUGCGGACAACAAGUGGGUUCUGUCCGCCUGUAAGGACUCCACCGUACGUUUAUGGAACAUCGAAAGACUGGACCACAUCCCGGCUGUCAAAUCCCAGCGGAAACUGUAUGGGGAGAAAUUUACCCAGUGCACCGUGUGUGGGAAGCUGGUCUCCGUCUGUCUGCAGGAUGUGGACUCACCAACACGCUGCUUGUUCUGCCAACUGUCUGCCACCCAGCCAGAUGUCCUGCCCAGGCUCCCCGACCCAGGGGCAGCCCCGUCCCUGCGGGACCUCUGACCCCUGCCCCUGAGCCCAGGGGAUACCCACUUCCAACACCCAUCCCUGAACCCUGACCUUGGGGAACCCCUACUUGUUCUGUAACCUCGCUCUCUCCAAUAAACCAUUGACAAAUCGA